GAAUUUUUCCGCCACCAACAAGACAAAGGUUGCAUACGCGGUUUGUGUUGCAUUUGGAGUGUUUUCGUGGACGGCGUCUAGGGGGAAAAAAAAAAAAAAAACGCGUUUCAUGUGAACUGUAGUAGUGAACGCCUGUGCAACGCCAGCGAACGAAGAAGCAUCCGUGAGCCGGCGACGUGUUUCUUUUAAUUUACGUGCGCCCAGAAAGGAAAGAGUCAACAAAAAAAAACGGACACUUCGCGCAAGCAUGGCGGACAACCCCGUAGAGAACGGCGACGCCGAGACGCAAGAGAACGGCGAUCACCAGCACGACUCGACGGGCGGCGAGUUGUUGGACGAGAGCCUCGGGGACGAGCACAGCCUGGACGACCCCGAGCUCGAAGCGAUCAAGGCUCGCGUUCGCGAGAUGGAAGAGGAGGCCGAGAAGCUCAAGCAGAUGCAGAGCGAGGUCGAGAAACAGAUGAGCAUCAGCCCGGCCGGCGGCGGUUCGCUAGGCCUAACGCUCGAAGAGAAGAUCGAGGUUGACGCUCGCUCCAUCUACGUCGGAAACGUCGACUACGGCGCGACGGCCGAGGAACUCGAACAGCACUUCCACGGCUGCGGCUCCAUCAACCGGGUCACCAUCCUGUGCGACAAAUUCUCGGGUCACCCGAAAGGGUUCGCCUACAUCGAAUUCACGGACAAGGACUCGAUACAGACGGCCAUGGCCCUGGAUGAAUCCCUGUUCCGUGGCCGACAGAUCAAGGUGAUGACCAAGCGAACCAACCGACCGGGAAUCAGCACGACUAACAGGCCACCGCGUGGCCGUUUCCGCAGGCCCGGACGCGGCAUGUACUACGGAGGCGGCGGCGGCGGCGGUGGUUACCGCUUUCCACGGCGCGCCUACCGACCGCGUAGGGCGUCGUGGUUCUAUCCGUACUAGAAACACACAAAAAUGGCCGCGUUGUGCGCAUGUUCUGAUCCCUUUUUCUUUCUCUUUGCUUUGUUAGCCCCCCCCUUUCUCCGUUGCAUUCAUUCUGUCCCUUGGUAAAACACCCCUUACUCUUUUCUGCCAAACGUACCACCCCAGACACACUUGUCUCUCCACUGGCACCGCUCGAAGUGUUGCGCACUUGUGUGGAUGUAAAACGUGCAGGUGGGCUCUCUGUCUAGGCUUGCAAUUCUUUCUUGUGACGCAAUAAUCGCCGCUGCUCGUUGUGGCUCUCACACUGGUAGAAAGGUUUUGGAAUUUGGGGCUUGCAGCGCCGUCAGUUUGGUUCCUUGCAGGCCGAAGCUGCGUUUGCACCCUUGCAUGCAACGUAAGCGGCUCUUUGAAAGUCCCAUCCCGUUGCUGGCAGUGUCGCGAUGCCACUCGUUCAAAAUCGUACUGCUUGGAGUUCGAGAAGAACCGAGCGAAGCAGCUGCCCUGCGCGGCGUAUUUGGAGCGAACAGUCGUAGUUAUUUGAGACUUUAAAAAAUUUUCCAUUUUGUUAUAGGUUCAUUAGAGUGGUGGUCGUGAGGCUGCGAUAAAUUGGUGAAAUAGUUCGGCACCUAAAUUGGGGGAGGGGGGGGGGGUGUUGCAGGUGUUAGCACAGGCGAGACAAGUGUGUCUGGAGCUUUACAACAGAUCCGUGUGGCCGGUCCUCCGAGAAAAGGAGACUAGCCCUAAAUCGUCUAAAUCCAAGAGGUCGGUCUAGCGCACCAUUUCGCAUGCGCUUUUCAGAGCCCUGCUACUUGAAGACAGCGUUCGAUGUGGGUGCUGUACCUUGUACUCCAGGAAUCGGCUACAGGGAUUGUUAGGUGGUGUUGCCCUCCAAUAAAGCGGCUGCCUAGAGGUACCCCCGUGUCUAAGCAGUCACCAACUAGAGCACGGUUGAAGAUAUGCAGGAUUGUUGGACUGCGUUUGUAAGGUGGCCGUGUGAAACGCAUCUUUUAUUUUCUUCCAUGAAUUUCCCGGAGAGAAGCGUGUAUCACGGUGUGCCGACACGCCCGAAUGUUGCUUUAUUGAGGUCGACAGGGAGGCUUGUGCUUCCGGGUUGGUUUGGCCGCCGUACAACAAUCCAUCUCAUCCGUAUCCCUCGCAGAGGGACGAGAAAGCUCUGCGAGUUCGACAAGUAGUUACUGGCCGUACAUGUGCCGAAGGUUUCAACUCGCUUGGGGGCAGGCGUGCAGUGUGACUCGUUCUUCGUCGUGCCGUGCGUCGUUUCUUCGUCAUUUCUUUUGCUUCGGGCUGUCGUCUUCCCUCGCUUCUUUCUUUCGUCCAGCUACUACAUAACUCUUUCUUUUUUUUUUUACUCUGCAUCGUUUGGUUUCGUGUUAUUAAUGCGCGAGCAUCGUCCCCGACUCUGAAACCGAGGACAAAAGCUGAGAGUGAAAAAAAACUUUCUUGUUGUUGUGUUCACAUUGCUUGUAAAGUCAUUCCCGCGACAUUGCAACGAGGAAAAAAAAACGCAUCAUCACAACGUAUUGUGGGGUCUGGGAGGGGCAAAAAGUUGAAAAUAUAACAAAAAAAGGCAGUCGCCAGCGCAUGAAACGAACCUGGGUCAAUGACUGUGGGGUAGUCUACGCGGGCUCUUGUGAAUUCGGAUGGCGCAAUGACAAAACAUGACCUACCAAGUCGUGUCAGACGGGCACGUUGCAUGCGAUGGUGGCUGCUGAAAAUUUCUCAUCGGCGUUUGCGAAUGGUGUGUCGCUCGUUUUACUUUUGGUUGAUGGUGAGGGAUAAAGGGUGAAAAAAAAAAGGCCUUUGCAUCGAUUCCUGCUGUCAUGUUUCGUGUGCGCGUUUUUCUGUUCUCCUGGGAUAGAUCAAGGUGCUCUUUUUAUUUUUGUGCGAAUUUCUUUUUCCUCCAUACUUUAUUGUUUUGAGUGUGUGAAUCUGCUGCAGCGAAGCACGCGUUUCAUCCGUUCUUUCACCGUUUGUGUGGACUGUGAAAAAAAAAAAAAAUGGCGAAUUGCCGAGAGAGCAGCGUGAAAAAAGUUAUCGUCGAAGGACAGUGCGGAAGAAAAGAAAAAAAAAUGCAGACUUGAAUAUGUACAGAAAGUUGCCCAAAAGAAAAAAAAAUGAGAGGGCUUUUCAAACCAUGAUACAAAAGUUUCAUCUUUCAAAAAUAAAAAAAGAAAAUGAUC